UUCAUUGGCAGGUUCAACCUGUCAUACAGUGUUCGGAAUGAUGCGAAGACGGGAGAUCAACAAACUCAGGCCGGACCGUACCUCGGAGCUCCGUGGAAUCGCGAGGACCAGGUGAAGCAGGUGUUAUGAACAUCGACGGAAGGUGUGCGGGGUUUAGAGCUGGAGAGGAGGAGAGCCUCGCCUUGGCUCGGCUCGGCUCGUCUGGUGGAUUUGUGCGCCCGCAGGCAAGCGCUAAGUUCAGCAUGGAAACGGAAGUCAAUUCGUUGUUUCAGGACAACUGCGUGACAGACGACAUGGAUCCGACUCUGUGGUCUCGUCUGCCUCAGGAUCUGCUCGAGAGAGUCGUCGCGAAAUUGCCGACCGGGAGUUCGAUGAAGAUGAGAUGUGUUUGUCGGGAGUGGAAUGCGAUGAUUUGCGGCCGAGACAUUUGUCCGCCGUGUCUGAACGAUAGUCUGCUCCUGUGCACUUAUGUGGGACUGCCGUAUCAUCUCGUGCUGAAGUGGGUCAAUCCUCGCACGGCUUCCUGGAACAUUCGCCUGCUUUCUCUGUACAAAUUCCGCGGUGGCGACUAUCCGGGCCAUAAUUUGCUUACCGCGCGAGGAGCUCUUGUAGCUUGCGAUGGUGGCGUUCUUUGUUUUGGUUUUCCGUACAAUGUGCAACAUAUCGUUUUAUGCAAUCCGUUGACAAAAUGCUGGAGAAAAUUGCCCGGUCUGAUCUUUCAUAAGGCGGCAUACACAUGGCGAGUAGCUGGAAUGUCAUUCAAUAAAGAGGCCGGACAUCAUGUGAUUGUGAUGGCCGGAUUUUUUAGCGAAGAGCGCGAACGUGGUGCCAACAGAUUGAAAGCUACUCAGAUUUACGACUCUUCCACAGAUUCAUGGAGCUUCGCCCAUCAGCCUACGCCGGUGAGGGGGGGAAUAUGGAGCACGUCGGUGAACAAGGUUGUCUUUACAGAGGAUUACUUGUUCGUGUUGACUUCUGCCAGCCUAGGUAGUCAACAUUUCUUACAGAUAUUUUCCAUGAAAAAGAGAACCUGGGUAGAGAUUUCAGUCGAGGGAGCCGUUGAUAAUAAUGGCUCCGCAUAUUUGAUCACACAGCAGGGCGAAAUUUACCUGGUAGCUCAGGAGCAAAGGCAUGGCAUUCAACAUUUGACAUUCUGGAAGCUUGACACUUCCAACAUUGAGGACUUAUGGAGGCAGAGUUUUAAGAGGAGAGUUUUUGGAGCCAAUGUUAGAAUCUUAUGGCACAGAGUAAGUAGCAUAGCAUUCAGCGAGCUCGCAGCAAUGACAGAUCUGCCCUUCCAGUGGGAUGUUUGGGGAUGUGUGGUUCACAGGAGAAAGAUCUGCUUCAUGUUUCCUUCUAUCAAUUGCCAGGCGGAGGUUUAUGACAUAUUUAUCGAGCAUGAUAUGGAAGCAGGAGCGUGGCAGAUGAUGAAGGUCAAUAAACCGACCACCAAUCGCCAUCUCUGUUCGUUCGAACCUUCUUAUGCAAACAUUUUUCCGACCGUUUCUGAUAGUUUCCAGUUAUCCACGCUCUCCAUCGAUUGAAAGGAUUGAGUGGUGUGUCCCAGAUUCCAUCACUUCUAUCCUCAACUGCUGAAUCUACAAUUACAGUGUAGAUUUCAUUUGAAUGCUGUCUAUGGAACUCCCUACCUGUUCAACUGGUCUUGCAGCAAAGUGGUUAGGAGUUUGAUGGCUAUUAGAUAAGUAGAACCUGGCUGCUACUUGUCGGUAUAUUAUACCAUUGGAUUUGCCAGUUCAAGUUUGGCGAAUAUGAUUAUGUGAUAUUAGAUUUUUGUGUAUCAUUAAGUAAAUUCUGACAGUGAAAAGCCAUACCAGACUUUUCGAGCUAUUUUACGAAAUUCUUCAGUCAUGCCGAUGUAAAAUAUUCCACUUGCUCUUACCAGCAUAAAUGAAGUUUUGGUACACAGUAAUUUGAG